UGUAAAUUGUUUUGCAUAAGUUUUACCAUGGAUUUAGGCGACGCUAAUAUUCGAGCUUUGCGCGUAUUGGGCGAAGGCUCGUUUGGGCGCGUGUUCUUAUGCGUGGAGCGCAAUGGCCCCAAAGAACGUAAAGUAUGCGUAAAACGCAUUAUUAUGCGGAAUCCCAAGAAUGAGCUACGUCUCAUCAAAGAAGAGAUUUACAUCAUCUCGCAGCUGCGGCAUCCGCAUAUAGUGCAGUUCAUACGCUCCUUCAUGCACUCCGGCACAGUUAACAUUGUGAUGGAAUACGCGCCAAAUGGCACCAUUCGCGAUGUCAUCCACACAGUUAAUCAGUCAAAUGGACGGCUGGGCGAACGGCGACUGUUGCACUAUUUGUCCGAUAUGAUCUUGGGCUUGGAGUAUCUGCACAUACGACACGUCAUUCAUCGGGACAUCAAGCCGGAGAACAUGCUGCUGGAUGCCAAUGAUCGCGUCAAAUAUGCCGACUUUGGCAUUUCCAACGUGCAUGUGCCCGCCAGCCAACAGCCCUGGCAGGUGAUCGGUACGCCGCUCUACAUGGCGCCCGAGAUCAUGUGUGGCGCCAAAUGUGACUUCAAGUCGGAUAUCUGGUCGCUGGGCCUGGUGCUGUACGAGCUGUGCCUUGGCCGCAAUCCCUUCCAGUCCCUGCUCCGCCCAACGGAUCCCUUCAAGCAAGUGCGCUGUGUCGUCAAGGUCAUGGCACAGCCCAGACUGGACUGCCAAGUGAUCCGGCGACGCUACAAACCCAUUUGGGCCCGUCUCUGCGAACUAAUGGUUGUCUACAAGCCAGAGCAACGAAUUUGCUUGCCCGAUUUGAUCUGCAUUGACCCAUGCAUUACGCAGAUGAUUUAUUCGCGAUACUUCAAUUAUGACUAUUAGGAAUACUACUUUA